AUGUUUGGGAGCAAACCAUUCGGCACAAGUACGACGUCAAGCACAUUCGGUGCGCCCGCCUCUUCCUCGCUUUUUGGCCAAAAGCCCGCCGGCUCCUCCCUAUUUGGGACGACAACUUCGACGCCAGCCACCAACUCUUUGUGGGGACAGCAGAAGCCCGCUUCCGGCGGCGGACUGUUCGGAUCUAGCGGCGCCACGCAGCAGUCUUCGCUCUUUGGAAACACCUCGACGAGCACAGCAAGCACAUCAUUGUUCGGCGGAAGCACGCAGAAUAAAUCACUCUUUGGAGGCGCCCCGCAAAACACAUCCACUUUUGGCUCCCCAUCCGCCUCGACUGGCUUGUUUGGUGGCUCGACGUCGACUUCUGGGGGCGGUCUUUUUGGCGGAUCUACGGCUGGUACGAAUGGGACGACGAUCAAGUUCGAGCCGACCGUCGGCAGUGAUACCAUGAUUCGACAGGGCACACAGACCAAUAUCAGCACCAAGAACAUUUGCAUCACCGCCAUGAAGCAGUACGAGAACAAAAGCAUGGAGGAGCUGCGUAUGGAGGAUUACUUGGCGAAUCGCAAGACCCCCGCCGCGGGCAGCACCACCGGUGGAUCGCUGUUUGGGUCGAGCUCGGCAACUAAUAAUGCCGGCACGGCACUUUUCGGAAGCCCGGCCUCUCAGAAGAACAUCUUUGGCAGCUCUCCAAAUUCGACAUUUGGCGCCAAGCCAGCGACCGCCUCCACCGGCAUAUUCGGUUCUCCACAGCAGCAAAACAGCGGCUCUUUAUUUGGCGCCUCAAAGCCUUCUGGCGGACUCUUUGGAAACACUUCCGGCAGCACAUUUGGAGCUACCCCAGCCGCUAGCACCAGUCUUUUCGGUGGAACGCAACAGCAACAGCAGUCAACCUUCGGACAGCCAGCCAACACGGGUGGUCUCUUUGGCUCAACUGCAGCUGCUCCAGCUUUUGGUGCCGCGACCGCACAACCGUCUACUGGAUUCACCUUUGGUGGUGGUGCAGGCACCACGUCGACGUUCGGCCAGGCUAACACUAGCGGAGGCUUGUUCGGCAGUUCAACUGCGCCCACGGCAGCCGCAACCGGUGGUGGCCUCUUUGGCUCGAAACCGGCGGCUGGCGGAACGUUCUUUGGCGGUGGCACCACCACGAACACAUUCGGAGGUGCUAGCAACACGGGUGGCGGGCUAUUUGGGUCCACCACGGCCAACAAGCCGCUUUUCGGAUCGCCGAGCAAUACCGGUGGCACAUUGUUUGGAGGUGGCGCACAGGCGGGCGGCGGCCUUUUCGGUGGUCAGCAGGCUCAGCAAGUAGGCGGAACACUAUUCGGCGGCGGCCAACAGCAGACCGUUGUUGCAGCUCCAAUGCCAGCCCAAGUCAGCAUGGCGGCCGCGGCUCCGAUUGUGCUCGGAUCAGACGUCAACCAGCGCCAAGUCGAACGGGCUCUCUUCGAGGCUCAACUGGCCGCUGCCCCGUACGGCGACGGGCCGCUACUGAAAUGGAUGAAUCAAACAAAGGAAGACACUGAAGCCGUUGCAUAUGAGAACACGGAUCGACAGCUGAAGUUCCUCCAAUCGCUCUCGGGCUCUCCACUUCUCAGCGCUCAAGGCACCCUGUUGCCGCCGUCUCUUCCCAGGCCGGGCACUGGCGCAGCGUCCGACUCGGCUGAACGCAGUCCAUUAGUCGUUAAGGAUCUCUCAUAUACUUCUCUGUCACGUGCACCCACCCUGGCUAAUGGCAUCCGCAACGUGCCCGCCAUGAACAAUUCUCCACUAUCCUCCGUUCGCCGCAAUCGUAAUAACCACUCCAGUCGCUUUGACACCACGGCCACUGCUGUUGAUACCGUCUUGUCGGGUGGCAUCAAUCAGUUGACGUCGGCGAAGAGGGUUACCAACGUCAAGCACUUGGACAUCUCCACUUUCCGCGAUAAAUUCCGCUCACCGUCCAAUAAUUCGACGGCUGAUCCCGAUGAGCUGCCCAGGGUGACUGUACAACAACAAAAGGAGAACAUCUACAAUGUUCAAGAUGAUGGCCCGCGCCCUCAGCGCCGCACGGACGCUGCCCCGCCGAAGCUUCUCCUUGAUUCGUCGAUUGCUGAUGAUUCUGCCAUGCAGUCGCCGGCGAUCCAUAACAAGACUCCGACCAGCCCGGAUGGUGGCCGUGGCGCUCAUGGCCGAGCCACUUCGCCUCUACGGGCUCGUGAUGCCCUCAGAUCGCCCGUGUCGCUGGAAAAUGCAGAGUACAGAUGCGUGCCCACAAUCGAAGAGAUACAAGCGAUGACAAAAGAUGGCGUUGUGGAGUUGCCGGAUGGGCUUUCGAUUAGCCGUCAAGGAUACGGAAGUGUGUUCUGGCGUGGCCCUCUCAUCUUGAAACGCGAGCUGAAACUCGAAGAGAUUGUCGUCUUCCGUAACAAAGAAGUCACCGUGUACCCGGACGAUUCGACGAAGCCCGAGGUCGGCCAGGAGCUCAACCGCCCCGCUGAAGUGACCCUCGAGCGUGUGUGGCCGGUCAACAAAGAGACGAAAGAGCCGAUUAAGGACGUACAGCGCCUCGCCGAGCUUCGUUGGCGUGAACGGCUGGAGACAGUGGCUGCCCGUAUGGGAGCCACCUUCAAGGACUACCGCCCCAAUGAUGGAUCAUGGGUCUUCUGCGUCGAUCACUUU